AUGCAUUGGGCCAAGUGGUUGGGGCUGGUGGUGGGCGCGGUGGCCUUUCUGGGGUUGGGGGUCAUCCUGGGCCACUUCGCCAUCCCAGCCCCCAGCGCUGCGGAUUCCCAAGACCUGGACCUGCAGAUGCUGCGGCGUGUCAUUGGGCAGAUGGAGGCCAGCAGGAUCCGGGAGAACCUGCGGGAAUUGUCCCAGGAGCCACACAUGGCCACCGGCCACAGGGAUGAGACCCUGGUGCAGCUGCUGCUGCGGCGCUGGCGGGACCCGAAGUCGGGCCUGGACUUGGCCGAGACCAACGAUCAUGAGGUGCUAUUGUCCUUCCCCAGGUCGGGGCAGCCUAAUGCCAUCCACAUAGUGAGCCCCACGCAGGGCCAUGUGCACACCUUUCACCCAAAGGAGGAGGACUUGACAGGGGAGCAGUCAGGGCCCGACGUGGUGCAGCCCUAUGCCGCCUAUGCCCCUGCCGGGAGCCCCCAGGGCCUCCUCGUCUUUGCCAACCAGGGAUCCGAGCAGGACUUUGAGACGCUUCAGGCUGCGGGCAUCCGACUCGAAGGCACCAUUGCCCUGACUCGCUACGGAGGCGUAGGCCGUGGGGCCAAGGCCAUCAACGCUGCCAGGCAUGGGGUGAUAGGCCUGUUGGUGUACACGGAUCCAGCUGACAUCAACGAUGGGCAGAGUUUCCCCAACGAGACCUUCCCCUACUCCUGGGGCCUGCCCCCCUCGGGGGUGGAGCGAGGCUCUUAUUUUGAGUAUUUUGGGGACCCUGCAACCCCUUACCUUCCGGCCAAACCCUCUUCCUUCCGCCUGAACCUUGCCAAUAUCACUGGGUUCCCCCCGAUUCCUUCACAGCCCAUUGGUUUCCAGGACGCCAGAAAUUUGCUCUGCAAUCUCAGCGGAUCCAAAGCUCCUGACUCCUGGCAAGGGGCUCUGGGCUGCAGCUACAAGUUUGGGCCUGGCUUCGAGUCUGGCUUUCCAGCAGACAGCCAGGUGAACAUGAGCAUUUAUAACUACCUGGAGCUGAGAAACUCGUCUAACGUCCUGGGGGUCAUCCGUGGGGCUGUAGAGCCAGACCGCUACAUCUUGUAUGGGAACCAUCGGGACAGCUGGGUCCACGGGGCUGUGGACCCUAGCAGCGGCACUGCUGUGCUCCUCGAGGUCACCCGUGUGCUGGGGACCCUGGUGAAGAAAGGCACCUGGCGACCCCGCCGAUCCAUUGUGUUCGGGAGCUGGGGAUCGGAGGAGUUUGGACUCAUUGGCUCCACAGAAUUCACGGAGGAGUUCUUCAGCAGCCUGCAGGAGCGUGCAGUCGCUUACAUCAACGUGGACAUCUCCGUGUUUGCCAACGCCACCCUGAGGGUGCAAGGCACGCCCCCUGUCCAGAGUGUGGUCUUUACGGCAACCAAAGAGGUCCAAGCCCCAGGCCUCAGGGACCUCAGCGUCUAUGACAACUGGGUCCGGCACUUGAACCGCAGCAGUCCAGUAUAUGGCGUGAUCCCCAGGCUGGGCACACUGGGGGCCGGCAGCGACUACGCACCCUUUGUGCAUUUCCUGGGCAUCUCGUCCAUGGACAUUGCUUACACCUAUGACCCGACCAAGACCUCGGCCAGGAUCUACCCCACCUACCACACAGCCUUCGACACCUUUGACUACGUGGAGAAGUUUCUGGACCCUGGCUUUGGCAGCCACCGGGCCGUGGCACAGACGGUGGCCGACGUGAUCCUCCGGCUCAGCGACAGCCUCUUCCUGCCCCUCAAUGUCAGUGACUACAGCGACACCUUGCGCAGCUACCUGCAGGAGGCCCAGAGUGCCCUGGGAGCCCAGCUGGAGCAACACGGCAUCCCUCUAGGGCCUCUGGUAACUGCAGUGGAGAAGUUUGAGGCGGCAGCUGCAGCCCUGGACCAGCAGAUUCAGACCACGCGGCAGGGCAGCCCCAGCCCCCUGCAGGUGCGCAUGCUCAAUGACCAGCUCAUGCUGCUGGAACGUGCCUUCCUGAACCCGCGAGCUUUCCCAGAGGCGCGCUACUACAGCCAUGUGCUCUGGGCGCCCCGCACGGGCUCCACAGCCACAUUCCCAGGCCUGGCCAACGCCUUCGCCAGCGCCAAUGGCACUGAGCCGGGCUCCGAGGCCUGGGCCGAGGUGCAGCGGCAGCUCAGCAUCGUCGUGGUGGCCUUGGAGGGUGCAGCUACCACCCUGAGGCCUGGACCUGGCCUCUGA